GUAGAGCGACAGAGACACAGUGUUAUCCACUUGGCUUGUAUGGAUAUAAGGUGGGAAAUCGCAGAAGAACCUAUCUGGGCCUCCAGGACCUGAAGGAAGCACAGCUCAAGUCCUCAGGAACAUAAGAAUUGGUGGUUAGUUCAGGUACCACAGGGAUCCACUUAGCCAUGGAAACGAAUGAUGUGCCUUCAGCUUCCCCCAACCCAAGUGGCAUCAGGGGAGGAAUCUGGGGAAAUUUUCUGUGGAAUCGUCAUGAGUCACAAUCCACAGAACAUCCUCCUCUUGGGAAAAUCCGUGACAUCCAUCAACAGGUCUGGACCCUUCUGGAUAGGACACUUAUAGCAACUCCCUAUGAAGAAUAUGUAAACCCAGUGAUUCUGGAGGUAUUACCAUGUAGAGAUGACUCCCUUCCUAAAGACAAGGGGCAGCCUAUUUACAUAGGCAUAAAGGCAUCGGGCUUCUGUCUGUGUUGUGCAAUGAGUGGAGAACAGCCCACAUUGCAGCUGGUGGAGAAGAACAUAGCAGACCUGUACAAAACACCUCAGGCAGUGAAGCCCUUUGUCUUUUACCUGAAUCGGACUGGCAGCACAGCUACCCUCGAGUCAGCUGCCUACUCUGGCUGGUUCAUCGGCACAUCUUCAGACAAAAACCAACCUGUUACUGUGACCCAAAACUUGGGAAGCCAGUAUAAUACUGACUUCUAUUUAGACAUAGAAAACCCUGAAUUGGAGCCCCAUAUCUCUGCAUAGGGUUCUCUACUUUUUGAGGCUUUUGACACACAUGAGCUCAUUUUCAUACUUAAAAUAUACCUGUAAGGAUUGGCAUUUUAAUCCAUAUUUUGCAUAUGAGGAAAUUAAGGCCCAGGCAAGUCAAGAGAUUUUCCCAAGUUCACAUAGCUGGUGACUAGCAGGUUUCCUUUAAUACAUUGAGAGCUGUUGGAACAGUGAAAUUUAUGAGUCAUCUCAUGCUCAUGGUUGCUCCUCUAGCCUUCACAGAUUCAGCAUUUGGGGAUGUUUCUCUCUAAUCAUUCUCAGAAUCUGGCAACACAUUCAUUGGUGCCAGUAGAACUCACUGGUGGUGUCUGGCAACCAUGAUACAUCCUGAUUUAGUGUCCUGAUCCUUCAUAGUCUCUUCAAAGGGACUUCAACCACAUUGGCUUUCACUUCAUUGACCACUGAAAGAGCUUAACAUAGGAAAUCAUAAGGAAGAAGUUCUGUCAGUAACUGUGUGAAUUUCAAUAAAUCAUUUCCCCUUUGGGGACCCAGUUUCUG